GUUCAACAUUACAAUGUUUGAAAGGUGGAGGCUGACAGCGAGGUCAAACGUGUGACGGUGUGUGCGUGCGCGUGCGACCGCGCGCGCGUGAAGAGAGGGAGCUUUUGAUUUGUCACUUCUUGAUCACAUGACCGUACAUCCGCUCCGUCCGUCUGCUAUGGCAACGGACUUUGAAAAGUUUGUCUUGAAUGGCUUCAGUGAGGAAGAAGAGGCUUUCCUCCGCCGCAGUGCGGGCCACGUCUCUCAGGUGUACCGUACACCUGCACAUCCGGGCAGUUAAGUGCAUCGUUACGCUGCGCCUUUUGUCGCAAAUGCCGCACAUCCGACGCAACGUCAGUUAACGCGAGCUAGCUAGCGAGCUCACGCUCCCCUCCGUCCUUAGUGAUCCGCGAGUAACGGUAGCUGAUGACGUAACGUUGAGCUAAGGAUUGUGACUCAAAUGUUACGUUUUGUAAUGGCUCUGACGUUAUAUAUGACUAAACGCUAAAACAUUACACGUCACAUGUCCAGGAGUGCUCCUGACUAAGAACUGCGACGUGUACCUCCGUGUGUGUGUCAUGGGCCAGUACCGGAAGACCCCCCCUCUGCCUCCUGUGUUCCCUUUACGCUUCAACCAUAACAUGUGUUUCGUCAAGACUUUCCUUGGCGUCGUUGACCCUGCUGAUGUAGCCGACCUCCUGCGAGCUGACACAACAUCUUUUGAGCUGAUUCAGUUGGUGCCUCCAGAGGGUGACGUCCUAGCCACAAUGAAGGACAGCAGCAGAGAUUUCCUGUACCCUGGUCCCAGACUGAGUCCUGGAGAAGGAGCUGCAGAGAGAGAGAUACUGAUGAAAAGAACAUCCUCCUUCCCUGGAAUCUCUCCCAAAGUGGAGUUUGCCACGACAUCAGUCAUAGAAGAGAUUGGGAGGAGUGACAGCUUGCCUGCCUCACCUACCUGCCGUCUUUCUCCAGCGAGACCGUCUUUGGCCCCGGACAGACGGGCUUCUUCGCCGUCCCACGUGAAUUUUCCCAAAACGGACGACGCAAUCCGUGUUUCACGGAAGGGCGGGAAGAAAAAGCCCAAAGUUGGGGCUAAACUUGCAAACUCUGCACCUUCCUCGUCAUCCAGACCCUCCCCCUCUGCAUCCACAUCUGGCCACAGUCCCCCGAAAGACGAGAGGGGGAGACGACCAGGCGCGUCUGUGAGCCUCGGCUACCACCAGCCCACGGCGUCCUCGAGGACACGCGCCUUGUCCCCUUACACCCACCGCAAGAUGUGCCAGCUCUCGGAGGACGCCGGGCAGCGGCUCGGCCACCUGCAGCUGGGGCCGCACCGCUUCAGGAAGGAGACCGAGGGCCGGCCGCCCUUCUCGGUCCCUCGCUGCAGUAGUGCGUCUGUGGGUGGAACGCCUUUCUCUGCUCCACGCAGUGGUAGCAUCCAUCAGCACUCAUUCAACCUUGCAGCCUACCUCACAGAUUCUUCUCUACAACGGUGUUACAAACCAAGCGCAGCCACACCCCGGGACCUCUCGCAGGCAGCGUCGGGUUCUGUGACGGCCCGGUGGUCUCCGGAGACACCGUCCAGAAGCCCUGUGAGGGCUGCUGCCUCAGCUCGGUCCACACUGACCACGGGCAACUCCAGAAAGCCUCUGAAUCUGGGAUGUACCCUCAGAGAAAGGCUCCAGAACAGUCGGCCAGGUCCAUCCUACUGCCAGCAGAUCCACAGCAGAGUUCAGAGGAUCCUGCAGACACACAAAAUCUCCGGGGACGCCCUGGACCUUUAACGUCCCCACGUGCUGCUUCUUAACUUAAUGCAUCAGUCUGAGAAACAACCUUCCUCUCGCACACGUUGAUCCCUUGAUUUUAUACAAAAUGCAGAUCUUCCCGAGCAAUCACUGUUUUGUGUUUCUCUUAAAAGGAAGUGAAUUUGCAGGAUGGGAAGAGCUCCAUUACGCAGACGCAUAAUAGCACUCUACCAGCUGUUUUUUUUAUAAUUCAAAUGGAGACAUCUUAUUUAAGCCGUGAAAGCUUGAGUAGCCACAAGUUGGCAACAUGGUGGAUGGAAGCUGCAGCUGUUGAGGGCUCGUCUCUCGUAACACAAAAGGAGUAAGAAAGUAGCCGAGAGGGACAAAAGUAAUUAGGAAGAUCCACAAUGCACAUUUGUCUUCAACAUCGAGACAGUAUGUUUGCAACACUUUUGUGUGACAGUUUCAUUCAACCACAGGAGCUGAGUUACAUCUUCUGUGCUGCUUUUGCACCUGAAGAUUUCUGAAGCACUGAAUAUAGACACGGUUUUCUGCGGGAAGGAAUACAGUGAAUCAUCCUCCUUGAUGCAAUGAGUACAUUAAGUUAGUCUGCAGCCAGGAUCUAAUCAGUAUUCUUUUCUAAAUCAUUUAACCUCAUAUUCAGGGCGCAGUCCAGUUUGAAAUGUGCUAAACUAAUGACAAAUGCUACCGUGGGUCCAACAAUCAUUGCAAAGAAUUUUUGAUGUUUAUAACCUAAACAUUUGGAUUUGAUAUUCACCUAAUGAUUCAAUGUUAUUUAACCAAACAAGAAAU